UUGGCUGGCCGAAGCGGGUCACGUGUAGAGGCAGGGAAGCUGGCCAGUCACUCGGGGACGGUGGCUUUUUAGGGCCAAACAAAUUGCGUCGACUCGGGUGAUGUGAACGUGAGGUGGGGGCUUCCGCAGGUAUGCCUGAAACGGAACAGGAGAGGGUGCUGAAGAGAGAUUUGUCUGUUUGCCCCUCAUUGGAUUGUCCCCAAUGCCACUCCCGGUGGCCCUGCAAUCCCGCCUGGCUAGGCGAGGCCUGCUGAAGCAUGUAGAGCCUGAGCCAGAGGAGGAAAUCAUUGCUGAAGAUUAUGAUGAUGAUCAUAUUGAUUAUGAAGCCACGAGGAUUGAGAACCUGCCACCAAACUGGUACAAAGUUGUUGACCCCAUCUGCGGCCUCCCUUACUACUGGAACAUAGAGACCGAUCUGGUUUCAUGGCUCUCGCCCAACGAUCCCAACUCUGUAGUGACCAAAGCAGCCAAGAAACUGAAGAAUAAUUUAGAUGCUGAGGAAAAAACUGAGCGCCCCCAUGAGAAAGUGGAGCGGGAAGAAGUGAAGGAACGCCGUUAUCACCGACGGGAGGAACUGGCCCCAUAUCCCAAAAGCAAGAAAUCAAACCGAAAGGAUGAAGAACUUGACCCCAUGGACCCCAGUGCUUAUUCAGAUGCUCCCCGGGGUACCUGGUCCACUGGACUGCCCAAGCGAAAUGAAGCCAAGACUGGGGCAGAUACCACAGCAGCUGGCCCCCUGUUCCAGCAGCGACCAUAUCCAAGCCCCGGCGCUGUCUUGCGUGCAAAUGCUGAAGCUUCCCGGGCCAAGCAGCAGGACUGAGAUGUCUGUCCCUCACCCCACCCGUUUUCUCUUACCUAUUUGUUAAUAAAUCUAUAUAAAAAUA